GGUAUAUAACAUAGUAAUACAUAGCACAUACAGUCCGCAUAUUAAAAUUAUAACACAUCUAAUUGUAAAUAACAUAACAAUACAAUUAGUUGCCACCACAAGUAUUAAAAUGUGACAGUAGAUAACAGUUACUCUUCAUCAGACAUCUCUUCAUCAGAUGCAUAAUUUGGAUUAUUCAUUAUAUUUCUUAUCUCAGCUUCUGUGAGCUCAUAAUUUGGAUUAUUCAUUGCAUGUGACUUCUCUGAUAAAAUUGCAUGUUACUCGUACUUAUGUUUUUAAUAAAAAUUAUCAUCAAUUUAUGACAUAUUUAUUAACAUUUUAUUUCACAGAUAUGACGGGCAGACAAAAUUAUCAUGAUUACACGAGUCUGGGCCCUCUUGACCAGUCUUUAUUGACACAACAGCAGUCUCAUGGAUCACAGUCGGUUUGGAAUGAGGAGAUUGAAAAUGAGCCACUACUUUGUAGGCAAUCAGCGAGUGUUUUGAAGCAGAAUUUCCACCCCCGUAUUGAAGCCUAUCUCAGAAUUUCUGGAUUCUAUGGUGCUGUCAAAUUAGGCUACUUUUCACUGGAUCAUCAUUUAAUUACAUCACUGGUUGAGAGAUGGCGUCCUGAAACACACACAUUUAUGAUGCCAGUGGGAGAGUGUACAAUUACUCUCCAGGACAUCUGUGUUAUUUCCGGCCUACCUAUUGAUGGAGAUGCUGUUGUAGGUAAUUCUAUUAUCAAUUGGAUGAUGUACUGUCAAAAUACUUUAGGACUCGUACCUCCCACUAAUAUUAUGCAGGGUAGCUCAUUGCCAUUAAGUUGGUUAGUCGAAAAUUUUAAUGAGCUACCAGAUGAUACUGAUGAAGAAGUGAUGGUGUGGGAGCCAUAUUCCGAUGAACUCCUUGCAUCAUUGCCAUUAUAUUGCAUGCAAGGACGUGAUAUUUGGAGAGCAGUGGUUCCCUUGAUAUGCUUCCACGUGGUAGAAUGGCAUCAACCUGAUAGAGUGUUGCGCCAAUUCGGGAUGCAACAACCAAUACCACAUCCACCAUACCAGCCAGCUGAUCUUCAUAACACAUCUCUAUUAUCAUCCGACAGUAAUUGGAUUACAAUUCAUGCACAUUGGAUUGCCAUUUGGGAAGAUAGAUGGCAAAGGUUGGUUGAAGCAGCACCAUUACAUGGGCCACUACAUUAUCAUUCAGAGUACCUCGAAUGGUAUAGACGAGUUUCUCAUCGAUGGAUAUCGCAUCGUGGUGCAGCUAUUGGCACUAUGGUAAAUCUUAUUGAAAGACAAACAACAGCAAUGUUCUAUGCCAUGGAAGAAGAGAAACGAAUAACAAAGAUACUUCCACCACAGCCAGCACCUCGGGCGCAACCUAUGCCAAAUGACCCUGAAGAGCCUGUUGACCCGCCGAGGAGGCCUAGGCGUAGACGUAGCUCUCGCCAACAAGCUAAUCCUGAUGUAUAUACUAUUGUCCCGGCAAAUGUCAUUAUUCCGGCACCCGUUUAUUCCACACUCAUCGAUCAUUUGGUGAGAUUGGACAGUAUUCAGCAGGACCUAGUGUUCCACAAGAAGGUGUAUCACAAUAUACAACGUGGAUACAUGGUAGUUAUAUGCCACCACCUCAUAUAA